CAAGGAUCUGAGAGACAGCCUCCUCAGGGAGGCGUCAAUGUUUAACCUAAAUGCUGUUCCAAACUCUUUACUUAUAAUAAGCAAACAAAAGGUUCCAAUUCUUACAGCCCACUAAGAAUCUGCCAGCCACUCACCAGGUGUACUGGGGCACCAAGGCGUUCUCCACUUACGCUGCACCAUUUCCCCAGCCCCUCACAGUUAAUCCGGAGGUGAGACGGGAAGUUGCGUGAAAGGUCAACCUGCACCAUCUGUAAAUGCUCAUACAAACAAGGAUAACCCUGGACCAGGUACUACAAUAUUAGUGAUGGGGCCUUUGAUGCAUGGUGAGAAUUAAGGAUACGCAGCGUUGGAGACUUAUACAUACAAGGGAUUUUUGCGUCGUUUUGGCAGCUCCAGGACAAAUUUGGAUUGCAGAAGAGUCAUUUUUUCAGGACACUCUCAUUUCUGGAAGACAAUUAACGUGUAGAAAAAGUGGAUCUAAAAGAGUUUAAAAUUAAGAGUUAACCCUGCAGUCAGCUGGGAUUGCGUCAACAGACAUCCUUAACUGCAGGAUUUAAGAUGAAUUUCAUCAAUCUGAAUUACCAAACAGUGAGUUCUGAGGAAGACCGCAAGAAGCUUUUUAAAAAUGGCUGUUACAUGCAGGUGAACAAGAGGAAGUAUAGGAAACGAUUCCUUCGCAAGGAUGGGAACUGCAACAUCCACUUCAAGCGUGCGUUUGGUGAAUGGGAGAGUUACUUUUCAGAUAUCUUCACCACACUGAUAGAUCUCAAGUGGAGGCAGAUGUUUCUGAUUUUUUCCCUGUCCUACAUCCUGUCGUGGUUGUUCUUUGGUCUUAUCUUCUGGAUCACGGCUGUGGUCCAUGGAGACAUGUUGACGGAGGAGGAAGACCACACGCCCUGUGUGGACGAAGUUCACAGCUUCACCGCUGCUUUCCUCUUUUCCAUUGAAACGCAAACCACCAUCGGCUACGGAUCCCGCUGUGUGACUGAGGAGUGUCCCUUUGCCGUCUCUAUGGUCACUUUCCAAUCGGUGAUGAGCUGUUUGAUAAACACCUUCAUCAUUGGCACGGUGGUGGCCAAGAUGUCCAAGGCCAGGAAGAGGGCCCAGACCAUUGGGUUCAGCAACAACGCGGUGAUAUCGCUGCAGAACAGGAAACUCUGCAUGAUGUGGCGCAUUGGAGACCUUCGGGAGAGUCACAUCAUUGAAGGCACUGUCCGAGCUCAACUGCUCCGGUUUAAGGAGCAUGAUGACCAGAAAUUGUCCAUGGAACAUCAGGACUUGGACAUAGGUACAGGUAAUGUCAUCCUCAUUAGUCCUGUCACCAUAGUACAUGAAAUUAACGAAGACAGCCCACUCUACAACCUUAGCCAGAAAGACUUGGCUGAAGAUGACUUUGAAAUCAUAGUUACCUUCGUCUACUCUGAGGAUUCAACUGGAAAUACCCACCAGUCUCGGAGCUCCUACACACCUCUGGAGAUCCUAUGGGGUCACCGCUUCAAUGACAUUCUGAAAGACAAGGCAAGCCAUUAUAAAGUUAAUUACUCCCAGUUUCACAAAACCCAUGAGGUGACCACACCUGACUGCAGUGCCAAGGAGCUCUAUUCGGCAGCAGAACAAGAGGUCAAUGUGCUCACAGUGGCUGGAUUAGACAGUGGAGAUGCAAGGUGCGAGAGUGCAGUCAUUCCCAAUGAUGAUGAGGAACACAGUGCCAUACGAUACAUGUGCCAAAGGCCUGAACUCGUGUUCAGGUCCCUCUCCAUGGAGUCAGAAAUUUAACACCCGUCCUAAUUCUGUAUUCACUUCGGCAUAUGAUAGGACUAAUGAGAACAUUGUUUAUUUAGGAAAUAGACUCAAUGCAGACUGUUUAGGCUCCUUACAUUUCUGUAACUGAUUUAUGAUUAACAUUGUGAGAGGUGUGAGGCAGCUUCCUCACCCUGUACCAUCAGAAAUAAUGACCAGAAUAGGGAACCCUUGUAUGGCUGUCUUCAGUGCUAUGUCAGUUCCAAUAAUUUGCCCUCUUCAGUAGAAUAACACCAUGAUAGUCCAUCACACAAGAGAUAUCCUCGGCUUGGAGAAGGAACAUCUAUUCUUUGCACAAAGUACAAAAUAAGUUUAGUUAAGGCACAAUUCAACGCAUUCUAUAGCUGCACUUAGGUCAGGUAUAAGCAAUAAUCAAUUUUUUUAAUAACAAGAGAUUCUGCAAGUGCUGGAAAUCCAGAGUAACACAUGCAAAAUGCUGGAGGAAUUCAGCAGGCCAAGCAGCAUCGAUGAAGAGGAAUAAACAGUUGAUGUUUCAGGACUGGUGAAGGGUCUUGUCCCAAAACAUCGACUGUUCAUUCCUCUCCAUCGAUGCCGCCUGACCUGCUGAAUUCCUCCAGCAUUUUGGAAGUGUCAAAUAUCUUAAGAAGACUUUUCAAAAUGUGUAAGGCCUAGAUCAUUCAGGUUUGUGUGACACCUAACAGUUCCAUCGACCUGACACCUCUCACAGUGAUACAGAGUUCAGGUCCUCAAGCAAGCUUUCGAAACUUUGCCAAUUUCUUUCCUCCCACAGAUGCUGCUCAACCCACUGAGUUUCUUCUCCAGAAGAUUGUUUCUUGCUGUAGAUUCUGACAUCUGCAAUCCUUUGUGUCUACUCAUUUAAGGUGGCUCUCUGUGCUCCAAACUACCCAAUGCAUUCCAAACCCCUCACUCCCCCAUAAUCUUAAAUCAGGUUAACAGUUCUUGUGUAAAUACAUAAGUUUACAUUGGGCAUAUUAAUACAUAAAAUGUGUAGCCCCAAAAUAUAAGUAGCAUCAGAAAUGGGAAGAUCACUUCAAGGAGUAAAGACACCACAUGGAAAGCUAUAUUUGAUUAACAAUUAGCCACAAUUAAAAAUUGACAAUUCUCAAACAGCCAUACCUGCAGAAUCUGCACAAUACCUGGCCUCUACCCAGAAGACUGCUCUUAAUAUCACCUGUGAAUGUACUUGGGAAUUCUUCAGCUGACAAUAUCAGGAAUGAUUUGAUGAAAAUGACCAGGAGAUACGAGAGCUAAGAAACAAGGAAAAUACCAUAUUCUAGACAAGGAACACGAUUAUCACACAUAUAUUGGUCUACAAGCAUCUGGAAGUCAGGUCCAAAAGAAAGGUAAUCUGAAGCGUAAUGGUCAGAAUGAACACAGGGAAUCAGGCAACCACAGGAUAUAUUGAUUCCUCUGCAUUGUUCUGGCAACCUAUGGCCCAAACAUCUUGGACACUUACAUACUAAAACCCAAGAAAGAAGGAAAGCUCAAGAACAAUGAGGCAGUAAGUUCCACCACAAGGAAGAUCUCAAACUAAACUUUGUCCCUGACAUGGGUGUUCUUAGCUCCACUCCUUGGCAAGUUAUGUUCCUCUACCGUGCCUCUAUCCCAACAUGCUAACCAUCAGCUGGAAAACAACAAAGUCUUCAGAACAGACUUAAUCCCUGCAGGUAAAAUAUUUCCAGCAUGAAUUCAUGGCAACAUCUUCUUCAUGUGAGAAAGGGAGACUAGUGUGAAGACCUAAGUGAUGUGUUAAUUAUGACUGUCUUCAAGAAGAGUGACAAAUCUGAUUGGGAUAAUUACAAUACUUGUUGACUGGGGCAAGGAAAUUCUCUUUGCCAGGUCCACUCGUUUCCUGCAGAUCUCCUCGUAGAGUUGCAAUAUAGAUCCUUCAAAUUAAGAAUCAAAAUAGACAUGAUCUUCACUGUACAUCAACUCAAAGUGUAAGACCCACAUGAACUUUUGUACACAACCAUCCCUGACUUCACAAAAGGCUUAAGCAAGUCCAGUUUUGCACAGACAGUCUCUUCACCCUGGAUAGGAUGUUUCUGGCCAAACCUCUAAAUUGCUUUUACCCAUCCCCUACCCCCGAACAGGAUAUCCUGGAUGUCUUCCCCUUGGUUCCCAUGAGCUGCUGGGCAUGGCCGUGAUUUAAAGAGUAUGGAGGAUCCAUCUUAAAUUUGGAUGGCUCAAGACAUUUCUUACCAUCCUCCAUCUUCCUUGAUGUGUCACACAAACCAUAAUCCUCAUCAGUUAAUCCACCACAAAUCUACAAUAGUAGGGUCAAGCAAGGUUACAUCAUUGCACCAAAUGGUUUCUCAAGCCUCCCCUUUGCAAUAGUACACUUCACCACCAAAUAGGUCCCUCCUGUAAUGAAGCUAAUCGAUGAUGUUCAUGGUUUUCCUGUACUUUAUGGCUAUCUGGAGAAGAUAAAUCUCAGCUUUGUAUUCUGCGUGCUUACUUCAAGAAUAAAAUGAACGUUUGAACAUUUUGAACCUUUGAACCAUUGAAUGAGUGGGAAACUGUUUAAUCUUCACUGCUUUACUCCAGAACCAAAUUAAUCAUUUUUGUUCUUUGAGAUACAGUGUGCAGGGGAUAGUGUGUGUGUGAGAGCUUCAAGUUAUUGAUUCCUUCACUGAACCUUAUGACAAGACGAAGUCUCACACCAAGCCAGAAUAAGAAGGUGGGAGGAGGGUAAAUUCUUGCUUAUGAUCCUCCUUCCAUACUCACUGCUUUGUGCAAGUGAAUCUCUGCAGCUAUGCAGGGAGUGAUACACUGGACUUAAAAUUGGUUUGAGAUAGUUCAGUUUUAAGUAACAGGAAGCCUUACAACUGAAAUCCACAUUUUACCAGUAAUGAAUAGAUUAUAAUUUUAAAGGACUAGAGGGGCAGCUUAUUAGUUCAACAUGACCUUGUAAAUUCUGAUUUACUUGUAAUCGGAUAUAUUAAUAGCAAGAAUGUAUUGAUGGAUUACCAAGUUGUGUGACAUAGUGGGGCAGGAAAUCUUUGGUCAACAGCACUCAACGCCGGCAAGUAUCUGUGCUGCCCAUUAUAUUCAGCACCAUGACAUCUGGUUCAUUGAGGCCAACAAUUCAAACGUUUAGUGUUUAGUUCCAGGGGAAGUUGGUACUUCUACAUAUGGAGCCUUUCAGUUGUACAGUGUCUGGUUACACUGACAUUUUUGUUCAAAGUUCAAAGUAAAUUUAUUAUCGAAGUACAUAUACGUCAUCAUAUACAUCCCUGAGAUUCAUUUUGUUUAUUUAUUUAUUGAGAUACAGCCCAGAGUUGGCCCUUCUCGCCCUUCGCGCCAUUGGGAUUUAAUCCUCGCAUUAUCAUGGGGCAAUUUACAAUGACUAAUUAACCUACCAACUGGUGUGUCUUUGGACUCUGGAAGGAAACCGGAGCACACAGAGGCCACGGAGAGAACGUACAAACUCCUUACAGGCAGUGGCGGGAAUUGAACCCGAGUGUGCCAACCACUACACUGCCAUGCCUGCCCGACUCUUCUUGCAGGCAUCCACAGCAGAACAAAGAAAUAGAGUAGAAUCAAUGAAAAACUACACACAAAAACUGACAAGCUCCAAUAUACAAAAGACAAAUAUAAAGAUAAACAAAUAAGAACGACAAAUAAAUAUUACUGAGAACGUGAAUUGUAGAAUCCUUGAAAGUGAGUCCAUUGGUUGAGUUCAAUGAUCAGUUCACUGCUGAGGUCAGUGAAGUUAUCAAUGCUGGUUAAGGAGCUUGCUGGUUGAAAGGUAAUAACUGUUUCUGAAUAUGAUGUGGGAGUUAAGUUUCCUCUACCUCCUUCCCGAUGGUAGCAGCAAGAAGAGAGCAUAGCCUGGAUGGUGGGGGUACCUUAUGAUGGAGGCUUCUUUUUUGCCCAUCGUUGUUAAUCCCAGCUCUUCUGACCAAAAAUGCAUUUCCCCCUGUAAUAGCAUCUGACGUAGUCUAAUAGUCAGAAUGAUUUUUUCCUGUAUGACCAUGUUUAUUAUAUUACAGUUCCACCCCCUCCCCACGUACUUUCAGUAUAUUGCUUGUUUUAAUAUUGCUUGUGGCACUUAGGAAAUGAGUUGGAGCAAAUCUACUUUUAAUUUGGCACAGGCUGCAACAGUGCUACCUUGUCUGCUGUCGCUGCGUUGCAAACAAUUCGGUCAGCAACUCAGACUCUGUUAUCGAUUUGCAUCUAACAUCAUGCGUUUCCCCCCCUCUGACAUCCUGAUUCUGAUUAUGCUAAGGCUCAGAGCUUGAUGAGGGGUCUCAGCCUCCUUUCCAUGGAUUAUGCCUGGCCUGCUGAGAUCCUCCAGCAUUUUGUGGUUGUUGCCUCUGGAUUUCCAGCCUCUGCAAAAACUCUUGUUUUCAGAUCAGAAUCAUAUUUAUUGUUGCUGACAUAAGUGGAGAAACGUGUUGCCUUGUGGCAGCUGGACUGUGCAGGCAUAACAACUCACUAUUAGGUACGAUAGAAAGUAAACAAAUAAUGCAAAAGAGGAAUAGUCAAGUAGUAUUCAAGAGUUAUUGGACCAUUCAGAAAUUUAUACUUAUACUUUUGUACUUUAUACUUUAAUGUCGCUAAACAAUUGGUACUAGAACGUACAAUCAUCACAGCGAUAUUUGAUUCUGUGCUUCACACUCCCUGGAUUACAAAUAUUAAAUAUUAAAAAUAGUUAAAAUUAGUAAAUAUUAUAAACCUAAAUUAUAAAUCAUAAAUAGAAAAUAGAAAAAUGAGAAGUAAGGUAGUGUAAAAAAACCGAGAGGCAGAUCCAGGUCAGGAUCUGUUCAGCAGUCUUAUCACAGUUGGAAAGAAGCUGUUCCCAAAUCUGGCCAUAUGAGCCUUCAAGCUCCUGAAACUUCUCCCAGAGGGAAGAGGGACGAAAAGUGUGUUGGCUGGGUGGGUCGUGUCCUUGAUUAUCCUGGCAGCACUGCUCCGACAGCGUGCUGUGUAAAGUGAGUCCACGGACGGAAGAUUGGUUUGUGUGAUGUGCUGCGCCGUGUUCACGAUCUUCUGCAGCUUCUUUCGGUCUUGGACAGGACAACUUCUAUACCAGGUUGUGAUGCACCCUAGAAGAAUGCUUUCUACGGUGCAUCUAUAAAAAUUAGUGAGGGUUUUAGGGGACAGGCCAAAUUUCUUUAGUUUUCUCAGUAAGUAAAGGUGCUGGUGGGCCUUCUUGGCAGUGAUGGUAGAGGGGAAGAAGCUGUUCCUAAAGUAUAGAGUGUGGGUCUUAAGGCUCCUUUAUCUGCUCUCUGAUGUCAGUAAUAAGAAGAGGGCAUAUCCUGGAUGGUAAGCAUCCUUCAUGAUGGAUGCCACCUUCUUGAGAUGUUACCAUUUGAAGUUAUCCUUGCUGGUGGGAAGGCUUGUGCUGUUGAUAGAACUGGCCGUGUCUACAAUCCUCUGAAAACUCUACACCAGCUGGCAAUGCAACCAUUCAAAAUGCACUCCACCAUACAUCUGUAGAAAUUUGACUCAACAUCAAAGUCCCAGCCUGUAGCUUGAUCUGUACUUUUCUUACCUCAGUUCAGAAAAAUAUAAGUACUUGAGAUGCAAAUAUAGCAAAUGACAAUUACAUUAUUCGCUCUGUCGGCUGGGGCAGCUCUUACUUUUCCAAUAUGAGCAGCGUUUCUUGGAGAGUGAGGUGACAGUCAGCCAACUAAGGCCACUAUACACAAAGCACACGUUCUUGGCUCCAAAAUAUUCAGUGUUUUAACUAUUCCAAUAUGUUGUUGCACAGGCUGAUAGGGUUGUUAAGAAGGCAUAUGACUUGCUGGCUUUAUUAGUCAGGGAAUUGAGUUCAAAAACCAUGAGGUACUGUUGCAGCUCCAUAAAACCCUCGUUAGAUGACAUUUAGAGUAUUGUGUUCUGUUCUGGUUGCUAAAGUACAGGAAAGAUGUAGAAGCUUUAGAGAGGAUGCAGAGGUGAUUUACCAGGAUGUUGCCUGGAUUAGGGGUCAUGCUUUGUGAGAGUAGCAUACACAAAAUGCUGGAGUAACUCAACCAGUCAUACUGCAUCCAUGACAAGUGUUCCCAGACUUUUUAUGCCAUGAACCCAUACCAUUAAGCAAGGGGUCUAUGAAUCCCAGGUGGGGAACCCCAGGUCUAUGGAAAGGAAUAGUCAGUCAACAUUUUGGGCUGAGAUCCUUCAUCAGGAACCAUACUUAGUGACACUGGGCAGUCCAUGUUAUUCUCAUGCUGAACACCAUUCUCCAGAAACUACAAACAAGAGAAAAUCCGCAGAUGCUGAAAUCUGAGCAACACACACAAAAUGCUGGAGUAACUCAGUAUCUACGGAAAAAAGUAUAGAUCUGGGUCCUGCCGAAGUGUUUCAGUCCAAAAUGUCGACUGUACUUUUUUCCAUGGAUGCUGCCUGGCUUGCUGAGUUUCUCCAGCAUUUUGUGUGAGUCUCCAGAAACUGACACUUUUCUGAGUUUUCAUGUAAGUGACCACUGUGUGAGUAGAAGGUGGAUGUGCUCUAAGCCUCAUUGAUGAAGUUCUCACAUGGACCUCAUUAGCCACCGAGGAAACUGCAAAACUGUAAUGGAAAGAAGUCAUUCUCAAUCUUGAGGGAAUGCCAAAUGCAACACACUCAAGAUGCUGGAUGAACUCAGCAAUUCAGGUAGCAACUAAGGCAGGGAAUAAAUGGCUGAUGUUCCCCUCCCUAGAUGCUGCCUGACCUGCUGAGUCCCUCCAGCCUUUUGUGUGUGUUGCUCAAGAUUUCCAACAACUGCAGAAUGGUUUGUGCAAAUAAAGAAGGUUAGAAUGAGAUUACAACAUCUGACCAUUUAGCGUCUGACAACUCAUCCAACUGCCUCACUUGCUUUUUCUGUGACACAUGGCUGGAUGCAAAAUGUAUUCAAAUUCAUGAGCAGACUUUUCUCACACUGACACACCCAUAACAACUGAGGUUCAUUCAUAGUAAGGAAGGCUGCAUUUAAUAUAGACAUUUAAAGAGAGGCCAGAGAUUUGCUUUUGUCGUUACUGGGACCAGCGCACAAGUCCAAUUAUGAAGAAAGCACGCCAGCACCUCGAAUUCCCUUGAAGUUUGUGAAGAAUCAGCAUGACAACUAAAACUUGGACAAACUUCUACAGACGUGUGGUGGAGAGUAUAUUGACUGGCUGUAUGGAAACACCAAUGCUCUUGAACGGAAAAUCCAACAAAAGUAGAUUGUUUUUGUGAGUGGGCUGUAUCCUUCACCUGGUUUUGCUCAGGUUAUUCUCUUAUAACCACCCAGGUCAUGUUCUUUUCUUGCUGCUGCCGUCAGGAAGAAGGUACAGGAGCUUCAGAACUCACACCAUCAGGUUCAGGAACAGUUAUUACCCCUCAGGCUCUUAACCCCUCAACCAUCAGGCUCUUGAAGCAAGGGGGAUAACUUCACUCAAUUUUACUUGCUCCAUGACUGAACUGUUCUCACAACCCAUGGACUCACUUUCAAUAACUCUUCAUCUCAUGUUCUAGAUACUUAGAUACAUAGAAACAUAGAAAACCUACAGCACAAUACAAGCCCUUCGGCCCACAAAGCUGUGCCGAACAUAUCCUUACCUUAGAAAUUACCUAGAGUUACCCAUAGCCCUCUAUUUUUCUGAGCUCCAUGUACCUGUUCAGGAGUCUCUUAAAAGACCCUAUCGUAUCCACCUCCACCAUUGUUGCUGGCAGCCCAUCCCACGCACUCACCACUUUCUGUGUAAAAAAACUUACCCCUGACAUCUCCUCUGUACCUACUUCCAAGCACCUUAAGACUGUGCUCUCUUGUGCUAGCCUUUUCAGCCCUGGGGAAAAGUCUCUGACUACCCACACGAUCAAUGCCUCUCGUCAUCUUAUACACUAAUUCAUUUAUUCCUUAUUUAUUACUGUUAUCUUUUUUUUGAAUUUGCUCAAUUUGGUGUCUUUUGCACAUUGGUUGCUUGUCUGUCCUGAUAGAUUCUAUUAUGGUUAUUAUUAUUGAUUCUAUUGUGGUUCUUGGAUUUAUUGAAAAUGUCCACAAGAAUCUCAGAGUUGUAUAUGGUGACAUAAAUGUACUUUGAUAAUAAUUUUACAUUAUACUUUGUACUUUGUAUGUACAUUGAAACACCAAAGUGCUUAGAGUCAGAAUCAGAAUUAGAAUCAAGUUUAAUAUCAGUGGCAUAUGUCACGGAAUUUGUUGUUUCAUGGCAGCAGUAAUUUGCAGUACGUAAUAAUUAUAAAACUAUAAAUUGCAAUAUGAAGUAUAUUAAAAAUUAAAUUAAAUAAACAGUGCAAAAAGAGAGGAAUGAAAACACUGGUAGUGUGCAUGGGUUCAUUUUCCAUUCAGAAAUUUACUAGCAGAGGAGAAGAAGCUGUUGCUGAAACAUUGGGUGUGUUUCCUCAGGCUCUGGAUGGUAGCUUGCAUCAGUGAACAACACAGUCCGAGGAUCUCCCAGUGGUCACACAUUUUAAUUCCACAUCCCAUUCCCAUUCUGACAUGUCUAUCCAUGGCCUCCUCUACUGUAAAGAUGAAGCCACACUCAGGUUGGAGGAACAACACCUUAUAUUCCGUCUGGAUAGACUCCAACCUGAUGGCAUGAACAUUGACUUCUCAAACUUCCGCUAAUGCCCCACCUCCCCCUUGUAAACCCAUCCAUUAUUUAUUUAUAUACACACAUUCUUUUUCUCUCUCUCCUUUUUCCUCCCUCUGUCCCUCUCACUAUACCCCUUGCCCAUCCUCUGGGUUUUUCCCCCCUUUCCCCUUUUCUUUCUCCCUGGGCCUCCUGUCCCAUGAUCCUCUAGUAUCCCUUUUGCCAAUCACCUGUCCAGCUCUUGGCUCCAUCCCUCCCCCUCCUGUCUUCUCCUAUCAUUUUGGAUCUCCCCCUCCUUCUCCCACUUUCAAAUCUCUUACUAGCUUUUCCUUCAGUUAGUCCUGACGAAGGGUCUCGGCCCAAAACAUCGACUGUACCUCUUCCUAGAGAUGCUGCCUGGCCUGCUGCGUUCAUCAGCAACUUUGAUGUGUGUUGCUUGAAUUUCCAGCAUCUGCAGAAUUCCUCGUGUUUGCAGUCCGAGGAUUUGCUUGCCCACAAUUUACUAACACUAAUCCAUGCACCUUUGGAACAUGGGAGGAAAAUGAAGCAUCUUGAGGACACCAACAUGGUCAUGGGAAAAAUGUAUGAACUCCUCAGAGAUAGCGAUGGAAAUUGAACCCUCAUCACUGAUACUGUAAAGUGCUGGGCGAACUGCAACGAUACCACACUAGCUGCAUAAAAUGGAGCCUUCCUUAGUAUUAACUGAUUACCCUCAGUUGUUACAGGUAUGUCAGUGUGAGAGAAGCCUGCUCACGACUUUGAAAACACAUAAAAUGUGAUGGUUGAGAGUCUCAACAGCUACCUGAGGUGGUGCCUCACAGCACCAGAAAUUUGGGUUUAAUUGUAACCUUGAAUCCUGUCAAUGUGGACUUUGCAUGUUCUUCUUGUGUUCCAGUAACCUCUCAUAGAUUGAUUGGUCAUAAUAAAUCUUCCCUAGUGGAGAGAAUCUGGGCAGGAGCUGUUGUGAAUGUUGAUAAUAAUAAAAAAGGAUUAAUAUGUAGGAUUGCUUUAAUUGAUUGGGGUAGGAGGUGGGUGAUUGGGGAGGCAGUACACCCCUUCCCAUCACUUAGGCAAGGCACCCCUUGUGUCCCCGUGCAUGGCCUUAUAGUUUUCUGCACUAUUCUGAAUGCUAGGCCCUGCUUUGAAUGGUUGUGGGUCAGAGAUUCCCAGAAGUCAGUUAGAAUGUCACGCUUCAUCAUUGAGGCUUGGAGUACAUCCACCCUUUAUUCACACAGUGGUCACUUCCGUGACAAGUUUGAAAAGAGCUUCUGGCACAUCCAUAUGGAGGGUUAGUAUAAAAGUAUGAUGAUAGGCAGUCCAGACUCAAUUGGCCAAAUUCUCCACUGUCAUACUGUGUCUCCCCGUGACUCCAUAUCUCCUUAAUAUGCCAUGAAUCAGAUUCAGAAUCAGGUUCAUUAUAACUGUAAUAUAGAUGAAUGUAUAUGCAUUAUAACAUAGAUGACAUGAAAUUGGUUGUUUUGUCACAACAGUACAGUGAAAAGACAUGAUUUUUUUCUGCCCAAUGUGCAUUCCCAGCACCAAAUUGUAGUGAAGUCCACAACCGGAUCUCUGUGUGAGUUUCAUGGCAUGAUGAUGAUGCCAUGAAUUUGAAGCCCAUGGUUGAGCUGCGGAUUCCUUAACUCGCUCUUCUUGAUAGUAUUUCCAAGCUGGUUGCCAAACACCUGCUAAGAAAGAGCGAUAAAUGUUAUUGAAAUCCCCUCACUAAUUACAACGAACCUUACUGGAGAUGAGAAUGCAGUAGUCUAGACAAAGUGCUGUUACCUCUGGGUUCAACACGUCUCAAACUGAUAGGUUAACAUCUGUUGAUUAUAAAGAUCUUACAUGAAAGGUAUUUAGAUUGCCUCAGUUCUGUAGCCAUGGAGUCAUUGCAAAAACCUUCAACUAAUUUGACAAUUAAGUUCAAUUAAGCUCAGCAAUUUGUGGGAAUGGGAAAUGUUGCAAUCCUGACUUAGAUAAUGCUAACCUCACUUCUCAAAGUCAAACCUGCCACGGAAUGGAAAAUGCUAUCUGUUGCCUGUCUGUGUAUGAAAAUUAAGAAAAAAAACAGCAGAUAACGAAAUUCUGAAAUAUUAACAAAUGAAGUGUUGGAAACUAUGCUGGUCCAACAGUAUAGAUGGAAACAGAAACGAGUUAACAGACCCUUCACCAGAAUUUUCUCUUUUUAUUUCUAUCCAUUUAUGGCCUGCCUAGAUAUCUACAUUCUGGAACUUGACCGUUGGAAAAAUGAAUUUUCCCAUUGAUAAAGGAAUUAUAAAGGAAAAAAAAGAGUUGCUCUGGAUUUCCAGCAUCUGCAGAAUCUCUUGUGAUUAGGAAUUAUAAAUUUCCAUUUUAAUUUAGUAAACUGACCUGAUCAUUUGCUGCUUAUAGAAGUAUAACAUAAAAUGAGAAUAGAGUGCAUUGUGUCCUGCUUUCUAUCAGUGAAAAAUGAAAGACAAACUACUGGUGAAUAUGUGUUUUUCAAUGAUGAAUUAAAUUGGAUAUCGUUAUAAUUACCCAAAUAAAGAAUAAAGAAAUCUGGCUAGACUACAGUGUUGAUUAAAGUCUUCAGCGUUCAAUGUGUCAUAUCCACACCUCAUAGCAAUAUCAAUUGAUUGUUUAUAGUAUAACUAAGUUUUUAGUAGACCCGUAGCUUUUGUGGCAAAUAUCACACCCAAUUCACAAGCCUCUUGGGCUGAUUUGUUAAAACGCUCUGUUCUGAUGCUUCCCUUCAUGAUCGUUUAAAAAAAAAGUGGAAAGGCCAGACUAGGAGAUCUAGUUCAAACCAGUGAAUACAUUGCUACUUUUGGAAAAUUCAGGUUAGAGUUGACCAUUUGAAGACAAAAGAAAUGUGUAAUAUAUAUCUGUCUAUGACAAAAUGCCAAAAUUGCAUUUAAAACAUCUGUUCAACAUUUUCUGUAAACUUGCAAUGCAACAAAUAGUAAAGUAUAACUUAUUUUUGAUCUUGGAAAUGAGAAUGUUGGUAACCAAGUCCACAAAUAUUAGUAUUUGUUUUUCCCACCCCUUCCAAUUUAUUACUUAUUCAUUUUGCUUUGAACAAUGUUGAUUCAUGUCAUUACAUUAGUAACUUUGUGUAGUUGCUGUGAUAAUCAUUCAGUGAGUUGCAGUUCUGUGGGUGAAAAUGCCUUGAUAAUGAGAGAAGUCAGAGGAGAAAUGGCCAGACUGGUUCAAGCUGACAGGAAGGUGAGGAGAAAAGCAUCCCUAUAUGCACAACACAUCAAAACUUGAAGUGGAUGUGCUGCAGCAGCAGAGGAUGACGGACAUACACUCUAUAUAUAUACUGAGUGCAUAUACAGAGUCUAGCAGAUGAGUUCCAACUGUCGGAAGCCAAGAAUCAAUCACUAUUGGAACCAUAUUUUAAUUCUACAUUGGGGAAAGAACAUGGACUCUCUGAGAUGCGAGAUAAUGUUGGGAAUGGGGAAAUACAAGUAUGAAGGAAGACCUGAAAAACUGGGUCUUUCUUUUUAAGAACAAUGCGGAUUUCUAGAUGAUGAUUGAAUAAUGAAAGGCUGGGUCAGGCUAGAUAGAAACAGUCUGUUUUCAAUGACAAGGGUCCAUUGGCACUAGAUUAAACACAAGCAGGAGGAAGUUCAUUACAAAGAGGGUUGUGAAGCACUGGAAUUCCCCAUAACAUUAAUGGUCAUACAGCAGUUUGCUUUUAUAUGGGGAUUUUUAACUCAGUAAAAAAUCACGGUGUACCUUACUGUAUUGAGAUAGUAACAAUGGUAACUUUCACAGUUCCUGCCCACAUUACCAAGUUCUCUAUAGAUUAUUAUCAUUCCCACAACCAACACUCAACCCCUCCCCCCGCCAUCAUCACAGAUUUUAUUGUUCCUUUGUGAGAUUUAACAGUCAAAUAGUACUUUUGAAGUAGUGGUGAUUGUUGCAUUAUGCACAGCAAGCUCCCACAGACAGUGAUAAGAUAGCGAUAACAUAUAGCAAUUCAACAUCAAUGGGAACAUUGCAUGAAUGUUGUGAAUUGUUCAAAACAAACUUUACUAUACACCACACAUAAACUUUCCAUGCAUAAAUUUUAAUUAAAUAGUCAAAUUACGUGUCUCCUUACAAAUACAAGAAAAAUCUAAAAUGCUGGAGGAACUCAGGAGGCCAGGCAGCAUCUUUGGAAAAGAGUAAACCAAUGUAUCCCAACCUUUUUUUGCCCAAAGUCCCCCUAAAGCAUUUUCAUACUUACCAAUGCUCCGCCCCCAAAGCACUUUCAUACUUACCAGGGAUCCCCCCCCCACAAAGCACAAUAUAUUUUCCGGCACCCUUAUAGUGUAAAAACAUGAGGAAAAUUAUUCUGCUUUAAAUUUUUAUUUGUCUUUAAACCUAGCUUACACAGUACCUGUGCACUGUACAGCAAUCUCAAUGUGAUCCUUGAGCUUGAUGGUUUUUAGCAAGAAUUGAAGUAUCUUGCUCAGGUUGUGACAGCAAAAGCCUUUAAGUCCCCACUCGUAAUAAUGUCCUAGCAGUUCCUGCUUUUUGUGAAUAUGUUGUUCACUGUACUGAAGCCUCUUUCAACAAGGUAGGAGGAUGGAGAUGCAACGAAGAGCAGUUCAGUUCUUCUCCAAAGAUCAGGAAGCUUUGUAUGACAGUGUAGCCAUAUACCACAAAAGCUGACAUUUUUGAAAAGCAUUUUUGCUUCUUCAUCAUUCUGAAUUUCAAUAAUUUCUUCUUGAAAGCUCUCUUCUUGUUCUUCCACCUUGCAAAGAAGUAGGUUAGUUACCCAGUCCAGAACUUACAGAUCAUUCAAAUCCUUGAAUUGAUUCUGAAAAUCCUUCUUCAGUGACUGCAGGUGUAAGCAGUACUCUUACAAAUCACCAUCCAUGAAAGACAGUGCCAUAGUUUCCAUGCAGGGAAACUGUGAGAACAUUCUUCUCCCAAUCUUUCCAAUUUUCCAACAAAAGUGGACACUGCACUUUUUUGCCUGGAUUAAAUUGAAAUUCUCGCUCUGCAGUUUCACAUUUAGAAUGUUCAUUUUGUCACAUAGAUCGCCUAGGUAUGCCACAUCUCAACGUAAAAGUUCAAUUUUGUUUCCUAAGCUCUUGUCAACUUUAAACAAAAUUUCAACCACAGUGUCAAAAGGAUCAAAAAAAAUGUCUUAAGCAGCAGCCUUUUGACAGUCAAUGUACAUCAGAGUGAAGAAACAAGCAUUCAAACUUUUCAUCAUUGUCUUGGCAUAACUGGCAAAAUAUUCUGCUAUUUAAUGGAUGAGCUAUAAUUUUGUUGAUAGAUAUUACAGGAGUCAUACUUGAAAAAAAGUUGCGAGCUGAAGUUUUUGGCUGUGAGAUGUUGAC